AUGAAGGAGAGGAAUGAGAGGGCUCGAGAUCUGCGUUCCUUUGGAUUUCCUGCCGCAACAAUGGGAUGGAGUGAGGAGGAUGUGAAUGCAUUAUCUUUGUCAAGCAGCGGCAUAUUCCGUGGACCGGUCUCCUCUGUGUACGACAGGCUGCAGGCGAGAGAGGCGCUUGAGCAACAGAAGCAGGCUGCCAGGGCGUCAUCUGCAGAGAGUACGGAGCAAAAUUGGGAAGACACAGGAGUAUGGACGAAAGCAGGGUCAGAACGGCUUUCGAAUCCUUCGGUUCCUCUUAUUAUUCUUGAGCGCAUGCAGCUUGUGUUUAUUUUAUACGAAUGGUGCCGUAAAAGAAAAAGGCGGAGCGCAUCGUGCCUGAGUGACGCUAAUUUACGUGAAAUGGAUAUGAUGAAUGACCUGGAUGCCAUGAUUGAUUCCAGAGAGCGGGAGUUGAGUAUGCGGGGAGUACUCAAGAGAUCCGGUGAGUACUUGCCUGCAUCGGAUAAUGCUGCUUCCAUGGGUACUUUGAUGACGGCGGGUAUUCCCUUCUCGGUGUUUGAGAGAUUCAUUGUGGAGCCUUACUUUGAUGUUCUUUUCCCACCGAUCCGAACUGGAAGACGCACGGUGGACUCGUUUAUGGACACUUUGGGUACGUGCGGGUGCUCGUCUACAGAGACCAGGAAAAUUUCUUUCAAUUUUACUGGUCGUUCACAACGACAAAAGAAGACGUCGUACCAGCGAAAGCGCGCUAGCCACGUUGAGGCAGCGGAGAAUCUUUUUAGUGUGAUGGACACCAAUGGUGACGGCUUUCUCUCAUGGGAUGAGUUUAGUGGUUACAUCCUGCAAUGUGGUCAGCGAGACCUACUGGCUGGUGGGUAUGAUAGCGGGGAUGGCGUGAAUGAGGGUAAGCCGGGAGGUGGAAACGACGCAACGAAAACAGUUCGAAAUACAACAAAUAUUUCUAACCGCUAUAUGAACUUUACACCCACCCCUUUAAAUGUGAAUCCCUGGCAACAACAAUGCCCACUUGUGCGUCACUUGUAUCACUCGGAGCCCAUUAGUCGGCUUCUUUUCGCCAAUCGGGGCCGGCGCUACAUCACGGCGGCCUGGGACGGACUUGUGAAAGUUUGGCGGCCCAAUCCACGCCUGGCAGAUGCAUACGGCAAGCCUUCCAUUGUGCAUGAACGAACUAUAUUUACUGCGGGAGCACCCAUUGUCGAUAUGGUGUUGUCCCCGGCCUCCCUCGGCGAUGCGGAGAUCUUGGCGGUGGUAGGGAUGGACGGUACCGUCACGCUACUGAGCGUUGUGACGGGCGAGGUUCUCAAAACUUUUAUUGGCCGCUGCUCGCUCCCCCCAAGCGCGGGUUUAGGUUGGCAGCUUAACCCGUCAAAAAGAAGAGAACUGGAGGAGACUCAUGUGAAAAACGUUGUUGAUCCAUCACUUCUGGAGGAGGACAUCCGUGAAAACGUUGAGGGUGGUGCGGUGGUGCUAAGACCUGUAUUUAAGGUGCGCGCCUACCGUCGUGAGGCGAUUGAGAUAUUCUUCACGGAGGUCUCUCGUUACUUUAUUGGGUUGGAUGUAGUGGCACCGACGUACGAACAUCUUGAACAGCGGCGAGCCGUUAAAACGGAUGUUUUGUUGCAGUUUGGUGAUGGACCUGAGACGCCAGUGGAAGAAGCACAGAAGCAGCGUUUUCCAGUCAUGCCAUUUGUUGAAAAUGAAGUUGAGUGGGCGAAGGAGGCGACGAAUAGCACAGGAUGGGGAACCAUUGAUGAGGAUGCGCAAUUCGUGAAGGAGGAUAAUUUGGAUGACAAGAAUCUCGUGGAAGAUAAAGAGACUUUGAUGAAUGAGUAUCCAGCGCCACAGAAAAAGAAGCCGAAGCGGAAGCCUAUAAGGGAUAUUCGUACCCCGGCAACAUAUUUAAGUUCAUCCUUUUUUCACGAGUACUCUACCAAGCAUAUUCGUGCAUGUAAUAAGUGUUGGUUUGCGCGUUCUGUGGCGUUUGCACGGUAUGAGCGGACAAAUUCGGCCUCUGUCCUCCCUCCUGGUGUGUUUCUCCUGCUUGGCUUUGAGACGGGGUUUUUGCAGUUUUACCAGCUGCGCCCACAGUUAUUCACCAUCUCCAACCUUUCAAUGACAAGACUGGAGGUUCCCACAACGCACAAGCCAGUUCUCAUACUCAAACUUCACCGCAAAGCAAUCACAAGUAUUCUGACAAGUGAGGCGCAUGAUCUUCUAGUGACGGCAAGCGAUGACGGCACCGUCGUUGUACGACAAAUGAGUCGGCUUCAAUUGCCAUAUGUCACGUUGGGUGAUGGCGUGCCAGCCCCUGACAGGCCGCCACCCGUUCACCCUAAUGGACAUACAAAACGUAUUACUUGCAUAUGUUGGCAUGAGACACGUAAUCUUAUUGUAACGGGAGGAGCCGACCGGAUUAUUAUAUUUUGGACGCCGUCCUCGUCACGUCAACUGUACCGAAUUGAUCUCCGCAUCUUUUCUACAAGCUCCGGAAGCAGUGGGACCCCGAUUGAUGCCUCUUUUUUUGAACCCCUACCUCACUCACCAUUGUUAUUAAUACUUGACACCAGGCGUGUGCUGUAUUUUAUUGACACUGUUUCUUAUCAAUGUUUACAUAUCCUACGGGAUGACGGACUUUCGUCAUUGAAGGCAGGGGAUAUGUUGCGAGCCCGUUAUGAUCUUGUGGAUCAUCGGCUGAUACUUGGAGGACGACAUGUGCGCUCAUGGGAUAUCCGUCAACGUGAUGAAUACCCCGAAGGCUACUGUGGACAUCGGCGUCCUGUUAUUGGAUUGGCUUACCAGCAGGCCUGGAGUUUGUGGGUGAGUGCCGAUGACUCCGUUGUUAUUAUUUGGAAUACCAAGGUGGUGGAUUUGCGUUUAGGUGAACGCAGUUCUAUGGAACAGGUGAGAGAAGAAGGUGCUGAGAGUAAUUCUGCAAGUCAUUCGACCCUACAACUUGCGAGGAAGGGGUAUCGUUGGUCUGCGCAAACUGACUUGGUGCGAUCAUGGUCUGUUGAUGGUGGGAUUUGCUGCUUUGCUGUGGAUCAGUCGGAGUCAUCUCAUGUAUUUGUCGCACUUCUGCAUGAACGACAUAUUUUGGAGUACAACAGCUUCAAUGGAUCGGUGCUUCGAUCAUUUGACUUUCCCGCAGAAAUGGGGGAUAUCUCCUCGUUAGCGUGUGGUGUAACAACGGGUGGUAGGGCUUUUUUGCGUCCCGUGUCUUUUCUCUGUGGAACAUUUGAACGGGAGCAGUCGCCGAACGGCACCACCGCCCUUUACGCGUUGGCGUCGGGAAGUGAUGUGCUUUCGGCAGUAGAGUCGACGAGUGGCGUGCACCGUUCGAUUUUGACAACAGGCGUUGGCGUUUCGUGCGCCAUUAUCGUCGCCGCCCUCGGCCUUGUUGUGGUUUGCCACCGUGGCGGCAUCAGCGUGACGCCUGUGGCCGAGGCCACCACAUGCCCCAUUGCCUGUUUGCGUCUCACGGACACGCCAAUGAGGAGAAAACCGGACAGGAAAAAGGGUGAAAAUGUCGCCGCGUCGGACCAGCCGCGAGCCCCCACCCAACACCUCAGGACGACGACAACAACGACUGUAACCCCAUCAACAAGCACAACGACGAAUAUACAUCGCGGCCAACGACGACCACUCACUUAUCCCAAUGUGCAGUCAGAAGAAAAGGGUCACUGUCGUCCAUCACCGCCGCUUGACCUUGUCGCGCUGCUCACUGGACCCCUUUUACAAGAUCCAGUGGCUCUCACACGAGAAUUUAUGCAGCAACGAGAACGGUAUCUUUUCUACAAUGGUCGGCCGAAAACGUCAUUCACGGGAACAUCAUUGGGGUCCCGAACAGAGAGCAACGCCACUAGCACUGAGAAUGAGGAAGAAGAAAGGAAUAGUAGAGAUGCCGAAUUACCGCCGUUGUUGCUCUUUUCGGAUGAGUUUAUUGCCGCCUCUUCUGUCUUUACUGGAAACUUUGGUGUCUUACUUCGAGAGCAGCUUGCUGCCCUUGGAUACGUUGGACAAAUCGUGCCUAUUAGAGAAACUGGGUAUGCCGUGAGUGGUGGAGACGAUGGUGUUGUACAGUUUUGGAAUCUGCGCACCUUGUCGGAGGUGAUGCGUUACCGUGUCACAUAUACUCUUGAGGCGGUAACAGCGAUGGAAUUUAGCGAUGAUGGUUUUUACCUUGCUGUGGGUGACGCAAGUGGGUAUAUUUUAUUAAUUGACAUGCAUCUUAUUGCGUGGGAUUCGGCGGUACCUCUUGAGAUGGUUUCAGGCAUUGAAAGUGACGUUUUUGUGUUGCGGCGAUGGCGAGGGCAUCGACAGAGUGCCACAUCUGUACGGUUUGUGCGGCAGACGGAGGGCAUGAUACAUCUGAGUACCGUGCACUCCCAAACAGCAAAAAAGAAUGCACCCUUUCGGCGACCUCCUCGCCAGGGUCUGGAAUCUGAUGUUGCUGCAGCGGACGAUAACAAUAACAUUGAAAAUAAAACCGAUUCCAACCAGAGCAGCAAACACGAAGCCAUUUUUCUUUGCACUAGUGGUGAGGACAGCUACAUCUACACAUGGUGUUGGGAGGCCCGGCCGUCUAUAGGGGGUUCUGUGCAUUGCAUCGGUUGUUUUGGCGGGGGUGUGGAGGCACCACCAAAGCCACCGGUUGAUAAACUGACGGAUGCGGCGUGGCAAGUGCUGGAGUUGGUGCGGAAGGUCUACAUUGAGGAGCGCCUACUGUCGCCUGGUGGCGCACUCAGUGGGACAAAAAUGCAGGUGGAAAUUCACACCGCGGUGCUUGAACUCAUGGAGGAAAUGCGGGCAGUUAAAUCGGGUGCCCAGCUGCCACGGCUUGGCGCAGCACCUCGGGAGCGGCAGUCGCAGUCAUUUCCAUCUCUUUUGAGGACACGGAAUUACAGUCGCGUGCCGCACUCGGACUCUGUGCAGUUUGCUGCCGAACGCUGUCCCCCCACGUAUGUUUUAGCCUUUGAAGAAGGGUUGUACUACGACCGUGGCAUUGUGGAGUUGCUUGAGCGCAUAGUCACGGAACUUCGGGCUGUACAGAAGAGGCGGCAGUCAGUUACAAACGUGGCUAGUCGCCAUGUGAGCCUUGUGGAACCGAGGCGCUCGCGAAAGUCGCUACAAACGGCUCCGAACAUAUUCUUGGAGAAAAAUACGGCGUCCGAUGAAACACGCUCUGCCUUGACGUUUUUAAGCUUGCCAGAUACAACAACUGGUGGCACUGCUACGGUUACAGCCACGUCGGUCGGCAAUGCAGCAACUUAUUCUAUGCGUCGGAGCACGAAUACCCGUGGACUCUCUUUGACGGGACCUUCACUAUUUGUCUCACAGACGUCUCCGCCGGAAUCAUAUCCGAGGAGCGAUUUUGGUAACAACGGGACUGUGGGCGGGGGCGGGGGCGGUAGUAGCACGGAUGGACCUCGUGCGGCGAGAAGUGGCAUGGGUGGUUUCUCAUUCCCUUUUUUGGCUACCUCCACCGUGGCGCAGUCCAGCAUGUCACCAACCCUUACGUCCCCGGAACCCCUUGCGGUACGCUCUCUUCCAUCGUUGGGUACGCCGCAACAGGAUUCUCCAUUGUUUCGGAUGAAUGAAGGGGACUGGUCUCCUUUGCCUCCUGUGACUGUAGGCUUUAAGAAGCCAUCGCCGCUCCCACGCCCACGUUUUACCGGCAAGAAGGGCGCGGAAAAUGGUGGAGGCUGUAGCACGACAUUGAAUAGCCUUCCAUUGACCGCAGACAUCGUUGGCACAACCAAAACGAAGGGCGACGACGCGAAACGACGAUACCGCGGAGUCAAAGUUCUUUUGCGUGAGAAGGCAAGACGCCGCUCGCAUAAUUUAUUGUUUGUGGACAAUGUGAAGAAAAGACUGUCGUUACAGGAGGCAGACGAUGUAACAAGUGGAAAUCCGGAAGAUCGCAGGGCUGCACGGCGGGAGCGGAAACGACGCUCCACAAUGUGGGAAGCGGCACGCAUCAUGAAUACACUUAUGGCGUGGAAAGCGCCGCGGGAGUCAAAUCGGUCACCGAUAAUGUCCGGAGUAGGCCCAGAAGGCGGCUUGGUUGAAUGCGCCCCAUUCACCGACCCUGUGAAGGCGCCGAACUUCAAGUUUCCGAUGUUUAUUCCACUCACGUUGGGGACCUCGCAUGCAAUGACGUCCAGGAGCAGUCUGCAGUUGGAUUUAAGCAAGAGCAUGAGCGCGAUGCUGAAAACGGAGAUGUUGGCGAUGAAUGCGACCCUGCAGGCAGCGCUGCAUGAAAAGCAAGUAUUAAUGGCACAAGAACGUGCGGCAGCGGCUGGAAACACGACUCCAGUUCAGACACAUUUUGGCACCAGGUAA